GGAAAACAACCAACACCGCACCAACAAUGGAUUUCCUUCAGGCAGAGAUUGAGAAGAAGAGAAAGCAGCUCGCAUCGUCCGCUGGAGCCUCAGAUGAAGGACCCCAGCCCAAAAAGUACUUCAGACGCGGUGAUCUGGAGAAGGAGAGGGAGCGCAAGUAUCUCGAAGAGCAAGCCCAACUUGAGAAGGAGAGAGAGGAGAAGAAGAGAAAGCGCAUUGAAGAAGCUGCCGAAAGCGAGAGAAAGGCCGAGGAGGCGAGAAAGCAGAGGGCUCAGGAGAAAUAUGAGAGUGCGAACCCGGAAAUCUUCAGCAUCACGGAAGAAGAAGUCGCAAAGAGACUUCGCGAGAAAUAUCAACCCGUUCGUCUGUUUGCAGAAUCCGACCAUGAGAGGAAGGUUCGCCUGCGAGCAUUGGAGCUUAUUGAGGAGCGAAACGAAAGGCACAGGAAUGAACUCGCAAGAAUCUUGAAGGAUAUGGGAUGUGAUGUGGAUUUGGAAGCCUUGAAGAAAAGAGCAACCGAGCUUGAUGCACGAGAUGCUGCCGCGAAGGCGGUCGAAAAGCAGGAGCAGGCGGUAGAACAAAGCAUGGCGGAAGAGGAUCCUAUGAUCGAUUUGGGGGACAUCAAGGGCAACCCAGCAAAAGUCUACAGACAGCUUCACACUUACUUCCGUAUCCUUGUCGGAGAAUGGCGGUGCGCGAUGGAUGAACGACCAGAGGAUAUCCAACGCAGUCGUCAAGGUAUACUUGCCGCUGAAACACAAAGACAGAGUGCCGAAUUCCUUGAACCGUUCUUCACACUCCUGAAGCAGGCGAGCUUGAAGGAAGACAUGUUUCCGCGUGUCGCCGAAAUCGCAUAUUACGCUCAGCAACGGGAAUACAUGAAAGCGAACGACGCGUACUUGAAAUUGAGCAUUGGCAAUGCUGCAUGGCCAAUCGGUGUUACCAUGGUCGGUAUCCACGAGAGAAGUGCUAGGCAGCGGCUGCACUCACCAAGUGGUGCCCACGUAUUGAACGACGAGGCCACCAGGAAAUGGUUACAGGCUAUCAAACGUUGCCUGACGUUCGCACAGACAAAGUAUCCGCCUAGCGACCCCUCGAAACUUAUGGGAUGAUGCAAGG